CCAGAGUAGGCUACCUGUUGUACAUAUGCUAAGAAAAAAAGAUUUUUUAACCACAUGAAAGAAAAUGGGGGGAAAUUCUUCAAUUCCGUCCAAUAUGUUGGAGAUCGAAGGAUUUGAAAUAUCACCUGAGUUCAAAUACCCUCUGUUUUUCUUACUUCUGUUUGUCUACUCCACUCUGCUCUUUUCUAACAUUGGGGUUCUCAUACUUAUCUUAAAGGAAAAGAGUUUACAUCAACCCAUGUACUUUCUAUUCUGUAACCUAUCUGUGAACGACCUGAUUGGAAACACGGUCCUGCUGCCUCAGCUGAUGGCUCAUGUCCUUUCCACAAAACGUUUCGUCACCUAUAACCAGUGUUUGUUUCAAGCUUUUCAUAGCCAUACCUUUGGAUCAGCAUCGCACAUAAUUCUUGUAUUCAUGGCAGUUGACAGAUAUGUUGCAAUCUGCAACCCCCUGCGGUACAGCACCAUCAUGACUAAUAAAACUGUAAUAGGCCUAUCUGCCACCGCCUGGGGGGUGUCUAUACUGCUGGUGUCUGUACUCCUUGGGCUUACUGUGAGGCUGUCUCGAUGCAGAUCUGUUAUCAGAAAUGCUUUUUGUGACAAUCCAUCAUUGUUCAAGCUUUCUUGUGAGGAUGUGUCUAUCAACAACUUCUAUGGACUGUUUUUUACUGUGCUGGUAUUUACCUUUUCAAUUGGAGGUAUUGCUGCUACUUACAUCAGAAUAGCUUUAAUCUGCUGGAUAAAGAAAAACAAGGAGCUGAAUAACAAAGCACUUCAAACCUGUGCAAGCCACCUUGUACUUUAUUUAAUUAUGCUCUGGACAGGGUUCCUCACUAUUAUAUUGCACCGAUUCCCAAAUUAUCCAGAUUUAAGGAAAAUUGCAUAUAUUUUAUUUCAUGUUGUGCCUGCUAAUUUAAAUCCUAUUAUCUAUGGACUACAAACACGAUCUUUAAGAGACAAAAUUACUCAAAUAUUCCAAAGAAAAACUGUUAUUUCCAUCUAGCAUUUAUCUUUCUGCAGCUUAUAUACUGUAAUUAUAACACAUUUUUUGCUUUAAAGAUAGAUUUUUUUCCUCCCACAUCCUUAAAAGAAUCAUUAGUGAUAACUUUAUGAUGCAUGUCUUUUAAACUACAUUCAUCAAGUCCUCUUCCUGAAUCAGUGAAAAAAAGUUCAUUUAAAGCGAUUUCCUGUUUUUGACCUGUGAUCAGUGGUCUCUAAAUAAGUGUAUGUCGUAUUUAAUCUUAUAAAUUCUCACUGCUGGAGAUGUUUUUCUAAAAAAUGUUGUUGAAUUUUACACCAACUUUUCAAUACCUCUAAAAAAAAAAAUAACAGUUUCAAAAGUAGAAUUCUAAAUCUGGCUAAAAUGAAAAAGGAAAAACCAAGAAAAAUAUCUUAUGCAGAAAUGCUCCAAUUACGUUGGUUGAAGUUUCACUUGAGUAAUUGUUGAAAGUAAUUGUUGGAUUUAAUGCUGAAGUUUAAUAAAUCAGUUUUAACAUGUUCUUAUUAAAUAAGACUUCUGUCUUUAGAUAACUAAGGAUUAACUUAACAUUGUAAUUUAUUUUGUGUUUUUGUGCUAAUAUAUGUUGCCUUUUGUCAGCCAUACCCUGAGGAUGAAUGCCUUUUUAGAAAAAACAUAUAUUAUUUGUAAAAUAACCAUGAUUCUUCUUCUUUUGCCUUGUGUCCAGGGAAGAGGAGUGUAAUUUAUCUACUGUAUUCUCCUAUCUAUUUUUACUGAACUAUAGUCAUCUAAAUGAUUCAAUUUAAAGGGGGGCAAUAAAAAUGUUGA